UGCGUAGACUGACCGUGAUACAAGCAUGGGUGCUGUAGCUCUGGCUGUCGGGUGGUAUUCUGAGAGUAGUUCAUGCUUUACACGGUGAAGUAAUCGAAAUACUUUGCAUCUUAACUGUUAUUAUAUGUAUAAAAGAUUCACCUCGGAUUAGAUUUCUUUCUUCGUGAACAUAGGGCAAUUUAUACAGGAGGAAGUGGUAUGUUCUAUAUACGACACAGUUACAAAGGUGUUUAAUUCCUUGGUUAUAACGAUGAAACCCCCACCACGCCGGCGUGUUGCACCAAAUCGCUUCUCUGGCGUUCAGGCAAAACCUAAUAACAAACCAGUCUGGUCCACAUGGACCCAGCAGGAAAGGAGGGCUCUGCUGGCAGCUUUAAAGCAGCAGAGAGAUCAGAAAGAAAUUGACACUAGCGUAAUCCAGGAGAAACUUCCUACCCGCAGCCUGGAGCAGAUCACUGAAUUUAUUGAGUUCUUGAAAAGCAGUGUCAGCAGGCAUGUUUCAAAGAAGUUAUACAGCAGACUUCUAGAGGAAAAGAAGAAGGUAGUCCCGAUACAAAUGUGGACUGAGGUGGCUGAGAAGCUGACAGGACAACUAGAAACAUCAAUGUCAUCAGCAUUUUCACAGAUGCUGACAAUUGCAUCCACUGAGCCAUGCAGUCUACUUCACUCUUUACCACCAAAACGUACGUUUGUUACUGAAAGACCUAUUCUUACUCGAGUAGACAAAAACCAGCAAGAACUGCAUGCUCGAAAUCAAGGAGGAUUCAGCCCACCAGUUUCUUCCAGUCUGAAUCAAGUGCUUUCUUUGUGCAAGAACAAUACAGUAAUCUCUCCUGCAUCACACAACCCUGUUACACAAAAUCCAGAAUUGCCACAAACCAUUUCUUCAGAUUCCAGGCCAAAUCUCGGAAUGGCACACAUUACUUUGUCUCCUUCCAAUCAGGACAGCGUUGGUCGGGAUGUUUUACCUUCCUCUUCUAGUGAAACAUCCGUUUCAUUACCCUCUGUUGUCAGCAUUUCCCACCCAAGCUGUAAUACACAGAAUAUUCUUACCACAAACUCCUCUGAUGUGUAUCUUCCUCCUGCAAUCAGUACAUCUAGUCUUUGCACGGCUACCCAGCAAGUUCAACCAGUCAAAUGUGUGCAGGCAUCAGGAAUGUCGAAUGAAAAUGGUAACUCCUCCAUAAUUUACCCUAAACCUAAUUUAGCAGCCACCCCUAGUACUUCUAAUGUGGUAUCUAAUCAAACCCAUCCCCAGACUUCUAAUACCUUUCCUGCAACAAGUGUUCAACAAGAUGCUUUAAAUCAUGAUUCAACAGCCCAGCAAGCAUCAUUACCUCAGUCCUCCAAUAAUGAAUCCAGUUCUGGAAUGCCAUCACAAAAUUUUAAUGUUGACUUUGAAAAGCUGUACGGAUACCUAAAUUUUGCAUGUAAAGGAGGAAAUGAGCCUCGCAUGACUGCAUUAGAGUCUGCUGUCAUUUUGGAUCUUAUUUUGUCUCUGCCUGAAGAGCUUUUAUUGCUUGAUGGGAAAGAGUUGCAACUCCAAGUGCGCCAGUGUUACGCUAUGUUAAUAUCUGCUCCUUCAGCCUGUCGGAAGCAAAGCAGUGAUGCCAGUACCAGAAAGGUUUGCAAGACUCCUCUAGUUUCAAGUAUUUCAGAAGGAAAUGAGAGUGCAACUGUUGGCCAUGAAGUGCCCCUUUUAGGAAACCCCACUAGUCAGACUAACAAUGAAUGUGGCAUAAAUCCAGAGAGCACAGUGACUUGUAGGUCAAAAGAAAAUGAAAAAGAUGGGUCAGCAUGUUCCAGCACUGCAGAACUUUGCCAAGAAGAAGACGGAACCAUGGCUGCAAAAAAAUCUCCAGAAACCAAUCAAUCAACAAAGAGCACCCAAUCCUCAUCUGAGCAGGGUGUUCCAGGUACAAGUAAGAAAUCCUGGUCUGAAGUAGGGUUCUGCCCACUAAAUCCAUUUAAGUUUCCAGCUCAACUCUUGAAACGAAUUGAGACAAAUGGGGAGUGAAGCACCCUUGAUGGAUUUUUUUUUUCUUCUAGCAUGUUUGUUUUCCAUUGUUUGUUUAUUUUAUUAAGUCUUGAUAUGGUUGUAGUUUGCUUUGGCUUAGUCAGAUAUGGCCAGUGUUGUCUGUACUGACCAAUCUUAUUCAUUAAACAUGUUUCGCUGAAAUUAUACAAUGCGGAGUUUUUGUUACCUAGUUUGCUUUCUAGUUAUAAGGCAAAAUUACUCAAUUCAACAGUUUUGAGUUUUAUUAGCAUAUUAUCAUUCUUAUAUUGACAGAAUAUUCUUAAAUAAUAAAGUAGCAGUAUUUUCUUUUAAUUUUCUUAUUAAAGUAUAUUUUGAAACUGAAGGUGUUAUAUUUGCUUUAUCAAACUGGCAUAUUGAUGCCCAAUUACAUAAGCUUGUUGAUCUCAUUUGGCAUGUUUUAAUUUAUUUGAAACGGAAGCAAACCUAAUUUGAUGACCAUGCAGCCAUAGGAUGCUACACAUUGUCCAUAGAAGUGUUGAAACUGUAUACUAAUCUGUUUAUCAUUGUUUGCUAGCUUCAACAGCAUAUUAUGGAUUGUUGAUUUAAAUGUGUUUGCCGGCAUUAGAAGAGGCUUUACCUACCAGACACCUGCAGAUGUCAGUGUUGCUUCAAAGAAAGUAACAACUGAAAAGCUUGUUAAAACUAGGUACUGCUUUUAAUAUGUACUGCACACCACUAAACAUUUUAAAUAACAAAAAAUAAAUAAAAUAUUGAGGUUAAAUAUACAAGGUGACAAGUAGACAAUAGAGAACAUGAAGAGUAAUGCAAAUAAGUUGCAGCAAAAUGUAGUUUAAAUUUGUCUCUUUACCAAGUUGUUGAAUUAAAAAAAAUGCUAUAAAGUGAAACACUGAAUCCAGCUUAUUACACAUGUGUUAUUUCAUUCAAUGACAUUCCAACUGCUGUUUGGUAAAACUGCAGAUUGUUGUACAUUUUAUGAAAAGUUUCAAAUAUUCACUCAAGUGUACACACAAGUAUUUAAUUUGUUUCCUUCAUUUAAAAUGCAAGAAAUGCAGUGCUAAACCAUUAAGAAUGAAUAAGCAACCAGCUAUCAUCAUAUAACCUGUAUAGGUUAAUUUAUCAAAGCUUUUAGCUACAGAUAGACAGUAACACAUUAAGAUCUUGUGUCAAAUAGAUCAAUCCAUAGACCGUGGUUACUAGCAUUGUAUUGUGGGUUUUUUAUUACUAGAGUCCACCAUUUUAAACAGUUCAUAGGAAUGCCAGGUAAUGUUACAGUCCAGGUCCAAGUGUUGUGAAUCUUCCAUGUUUCAAGAUAUUCUGUUUCACUCAAGCACAACUUUUUUCAGUGUUCCUUUCUGAGGUCCAAUCUGCACUGUCGUUGACAUCUUUUGCCCAUUUUAUUCUGUCUCAGUAGUAAACUAAAAUAUACAUA